GCAAAUAGUGCAAAUGCCGCCGAUAAAUAAGAAUAUCAUGACUGCCAUGACCAUUUAAUCAUGUCAGGAAUUAAGAUAUUGUGGAUGCAUCACAGCAUCCAGCAAACAGCCCGCAUCUCACGCCGCGGGCAAUGUAUAAACCCGCGUCCCUUCCACCUCAGACGCAGACGUGCAUCUCACGUUUCACAUGUCAACCCGGACUGUCCAGCCCCGUCCUCGCUCGCUUUCACGUGAAAACCAGACACAGCUGAGGCGAUACGGUCAAAUCAUAGCAUACUCCGUCAGGCCCGUUGCUUGGGCUGCCGCAUCAUCCUUGUUCUGUCGCUCUUCCUGUCCGGGUUAAGCGAUGGAGGAGGCCCGUCUAGAGCCGGGCAGACGAAUCAUUCCUCCGCGAUUGCCUACCCAGUCGCUUUCACAUUCGCGAACCCAAGUCGGAGCGCCUCCGCCGUCAGAAGCCUCUGCUCGUCUUCCUUCUCUUCCUGUUACCGCUGCUUUCCCCUCUCGAGACGCCACAGCGGCUGCUUUACCUCAUAUUUCUGUCCUAGCGCCCUUCCAGCAUGCCCCAGUUGCAGUCUCCGUGAUGGAUAUCGACAGCGUCGUGGACGAUCGUUCUCGUCGGGCCACCAGCGUUCUGUCCAUGGAUGACAUCGAAGCCGCUCAGACCCUCGAAGGUCUGCGUUCGGAAUACGGCCAGUCCCCCCGAGCGUCGUCCCAGCGAUCGGUCAUGCCCAUGAGUACUACUUCUUCUCCCGAUGUGAAGCCGGAACCGGAGCCUCUUCUAUCGCUACUUACUUCUACCCACCCUCUCAUUUCCUCCGCCAUUAAUGGUUCCAUGUCCGCAUAUACUUCCUCCAAGUCCUAUUCCCCACGGUUCAAAUCCGGCGCGGAGUUUCUCGAGCGUAAUAUCGCGCCCGUCGCAAACAAGGUCGGCACAGUGGGCCGGAAGACAGGCGUUGAAAGCGGCCUUCGUUGGGCACUUGAACGACGCGGAUCUGCUUCGGCAGAUUCUAGCCGUGCCAAGCGUCGCAAGGUGGGCGGGGAGAACAACCAGUCUAGUGACAGCGUUGACGUGAACGUAGAUGUUCAAAAACGACAGGAAGGCCAUGCGUCGCUGCACCGCGCGCGCAGCUCCUCAGACAUAUCAUGUUCCGAGUCACUUCCUCCGUAUGAUGAUCUGAGAAGCCCCAGUUACGAUGAAGUCAGUGCAACGGCGAUUCCCUCUUCCAGCAAGGGCAGAGCGCGGUCAACGACUUGGCAGAGUCGAUUGAUGAUAUCAACUUCCGGUCUUGGGGUUGCGAUGAGCGAGGAAUCGCUUCGUAGCUUACAAUACUGUUUGACCUGGUUGCGCUGGGCGAAUGAGCGGUUGGGAAAAGCCAUACUGGCAUUGAAACAUACGCUAAAGGAAUGGGAGGAUGUGAAGCUACGGGAAGAUCAGGAUAAUCCGGACAGUGCUCUUUCCAGGCGUAUCGAUGCCGUCAAGGAAGAUGUGCUCGCUACUCUGAAACGAGUGGUUGGGAUCGUUUCGAAAUACGCUGGCGGUGCCCUGCCCGAGAACGCACGUAACCUCGUUCGCCGACAUCUCACAUCCCUGCCACGGCGAUUUCAGAUAGCAUCGUCGGCCAAGUUGACACCAGCGGACUCGUCGGUGCAGGCCUUCGAUGCCACUAUUGCUGGCGCCAACAGAGCCUUAGUCCUGGCCCAGGAGGGUCUGGAUAUUAUGGCACAGGUAACUUGUGUCGUCAACGAUACUCUUGUUAGCGCGGAACACUGGUGCGAUCGACUGGGCAAGAAGCGUCCGGAUUACAGAACCAGGACUGACACGCCAAAGCAGCAGCAGGAGCCGCAGAGUGAGUCUGUGGCUAGUGAUAUAAAGGAACCUGUGGUGUCGAGCGAACCUCGUAACGCCGACACAAAGGAGCUCAUCGUGUCGCUGGGACGUGACACGCAAAUGUCGGGCACAGAGAAGGCGUAG